CGAUUUUGUCUCCACCAACCAAAAACCAUACGAUACGAGAUCUAGCAACACCAUAUUUCCGUCGUCGUCGACAUCACCACCACGAAGCGAAGGAUUGCAAUAAUGAAAUAAUGUUCUUUUCCUGUUCCGAACAGUGGGACAAUUAUUUUUCGCCACUCGGACACGUCGACGAAAUCGACACGAACCUGGUUCUUCUUGACUUGGUCAAAGUAAUUAAUUAUAUUUAAUUGCGAAGAAUUUAUUUCUUGUUUGUUGUUCUUUUAACUUUGACAAUUAAUUGAAAAACGUGGAUUGGUGGUUAUCGAAAAGUUAAUUAAUUAUUGUUGUGAUAUUAUACGUUUUUUUUAUCUCGGUGCAAUAUUUAUUGGUUGAAGAAGAGGGAGAGAAGAACUCUAAUUAUUUUUAAGAGAAAUAUUUAAGAAUCGUCUUUUUUUGAAAGUGUAUAUUUUUGAAGUCGUAAAACCGGAAGUGUGGUGUGAAAGGUGAUUGUCAAUGAGCGAAAAUUUUCGCCCGUGUUCGGGAUGAAGCGACGGAAUGUUGACGCGACCAAGACGCGCCGACCUGUUAAAAAGAUUCCUAAAUUGUAUGACGGUUUUUACACGGGGUUGGUUGUUUACGUAAAGUUGGUCCUUCUCUGGGUUGCCGUGAUGGGGGGUGACUUCCUCCUCGAGUUCCGCUUGGAAUAUCUUUACCCUAUUUAUCUUCUGGUCCACAAUGCGUACGAGGCGUACAAGUUUCAAGGAGUGGCAUUCGCUCUCCUCCUCGUGUGCAUCGUGGUUUCGGUGGAUGUCAUAUGUUUGGGCGCUAUUCCGCCGGCGUGGCUCUUUUUGCUGGGGUCGUUGGCAGUGUGGGGUCAAGUGGGGUGGAGUUUAACACCUCUGGGCCCCUUCCUCCUCAUCCCCACGCUCAUUUAUCUGGACGGGAAGAGCAUAAGACCGCUCCCUACACAACCAAUUAGUCCUCUUGCCGCCCACUGCGUGGGCUUCCCCUUGGUCUCACUCGGCUUCGCGGUGAAGUCUUUUCUCGGCACAAAGUUAAAACAGCGCACCCGAAAUGAUGUCGGGCGACAGAACGACAUGCUAUUUUCCAUCCUAUGGGACGCUCUUCCGAACCUGGCGCCACCUUUGCAGCUUCCGUCGCCAUCACCGCCACCUCCUCUCACCAUAAUGACGACGUCGUCACCCGCCAUCGUCAACAACAAUGAGAACGUGGUGAACGGGUCGGCAGUAUUAGUGAAGGGAAAAGUCUCCCCGACCACGGCAAGGCGGAAAUCAUUUGAAAAUGGGGACAUUUUAUCGCCAUUAUCUCUCAUGGAUCAUAACCACCAUCACCACCAUAACGCAUCGCCAUCACCGUCGCCAUCCUCCUCGUCAACGUCUCUCCUCAACGGGGGAACAACGACGACGACGAAACAUGUCAACAGCAACGGCGUGGCGGCCGCUAUGGCGUCGUCGUCUUCGCCACGGGAGCAGCAGCAGUCUUCUCAUUCUCAUCAUCACAACAAUCACCACAACCAUGUGAAUAACAACAACGCUUCUUCUAAUUCGAAUUUGUCGUCGUCUUCUGGAGCAGCCAGCUCGCAGAGUAGUGCAGCAACAGCGGCAAAUAAUUCAUCGGCAGCGUCUCCACUCAGCAACAGCAGUCAUCACAUGGCGUCUUCGUCUUCUCAGUACGCGAGCCCGUGUCCGACCUGUGCGGCGGCGUUGUUAGCGCCAAAGAAGAAGAAGGAGGAGUGUUGUAUUAAGCUGGAGUCUGAAGUUCGAAGGCUGAGAAGCGAUCUGCACAGUGUUCGUUCCGUUGAAUCCGACUUGAGGGGGCAGAUCAGUGCGGUGCAAACGUCGGAAAGGAAUCUCAGGGGGGACGUGGCACUCCUUCAGGGAGAACACGAAGCCCUUCAACUAAAAUACUCAGCUUUACAGUCAAAGAGUCAGGAGGAGAGGCAAAGUUAUGAGAAAAAGUUGCUGGAAGAGCGUCGUCAGAAGGACAGCGCAAUCAAGAAGCAGACCAAGGCAUCGCUUGAAUGUUCCGGUGAUUGCAAACGGAAACUGCGCGACGCUGAUAGGGAGAAGGACGGGUUGCGAAGGGACUUGAAAAUCUCUGAAGAUAAAACGAUCCGCUUGGAACGUGAGCUUCAAAAUGUCAAGUCAACGUUGAUGUUGGAACAGAAAAAUAAGGAGUCUUCUGCCGAGACGGCCAAGCUACUCUCUCUCCUGUCCGCACUGCAAGAUCAGAACGCUCACCUCGAGUCGAGUCUGGGGGCUGAAACGCGACUGAAAUUGGAUCUCUUUUCCGCCCUGGGCGAAGCGAGAAGACAGCUCUCGAUAAGGGACACUUUGCUAAAAGUGAAGGAGGAAGACUUGGAAGAAAUCCGGUCCAAGUACGUCGAACUCCUCGCCGUAUCGGAUUACACCUCGCAUCACGCCCAACAGCAGCAGCAACAUCAACAAAACGCUAAUCACAACCAUUUAAACCACAACCAUCACAAUCAACACGUCAACGUGAUGCGGCAACAACAGCAAAAUCUGUCCUGCAUUUCGCAACUUCAACUCCAACAGCAGCAACAAGAACAGCAACAACAACAACAACAGCAACAAUACUGUCAUCAACAGCAGCAACAACCUCAGCAGACGAGACUAAAGACGUUGAUGGGUGUGGCGGAUGGGGGACAAUCUCCCCCGGGCAGUGGAGGAAGGGAGAAUCUCACCUUCUCGCCACUCAUCGAGUCAUAAAUCAAGUGUGAAACAGGAUCUCAUCAAAGAUAACUUCUCUUCGUCAUCAAUCAUCGGUUAUCUACUAAACUGAACUGUUUCAUAAUAUGCCGUACUUUACUUGGUGGUGGUUAGCGGUGACCUCUUGACCUUGAUAAUUUGACCGUCUUCUUAUUCUAAUCGUACAUAUUUGUAAUUAUUUUUGUUGAACUUUUUAAAGGAAAAUUUAAACACGGAUUUAUAUUAAAAUUCGUAAACUUCGAGUUAAAAUCCAAUCGCAUUUUGUUUAUGUACUUAACGAAACGAAACCGAAAACUGACUAAAUUAAUUAUUUUGAGAAAGAAAAUAACUAUGAAACUGAAACGUACUUAAAAAAAACUUUAUGUCUUCGUUCGAGUUAGUUUAGAAAGUUUACUUUAGUCAAAAAAGUAGUAGAUAAUUAAUUAAUUAUUAAUUAAUAAUUUGGACACGGAGUACUUUUUAACAUUAAUUUAGUUUUUCUUCGUCUUCAUCUUCAUCUCCGCCUAAUAUUUAAUUUUUUUGGUCACCAAAACCUUCGCCAAAGUACAAGAAGUUCUCGCUGAGUCGUGUCUUCGUCUAAAAAAUGUUUUCGUCAAUGUUCGUCUUGGUGAGAAGAAGAAGAAAAAAAAGUGUAAACGUACGUAACCCCUCAUUUACAUCAUCCCCACCCACCGUUGUCGUUGUGAGUCGCUUAAAUUGUCAGUCAAAUUGAUGACGACGGUGCGCGCGACUAUUAUUCGUUGUCGUCGUAUUCCCUUGCCACCCGCAAAUCCUGUGUCUCUCUCUCUCUCUACGGGGACCGUCGUCCUCGUCGUCAUUGAAUAAUUGUUGUCGUUGAAUUGAUGUUUCUUAGCUAGAAGAAAGAAGAAGAAAAAAGAUGAAGUAAACGAAGGAGAAUGACAUGUCAAAGGUCAUGUCAUGUGAAAUGUCAUCAUGAAAAAUCAUCUCGUUAAAAUAAAUAAAUUGUUAUUACUUACUUAUAUACAUACAUAUUGCGUGUCCUCUGUGUACUAAUGAAAAACUAAGAAGUAAGUGAUAAAUGUUGUAAAAUUUAAAAAAAAGUAUGUGUAAAACCUACUUUGUGAAUUUGAAUGUGAAAAAACUUGAUCAGAAAUAAAAUAAAAAUGCCGAGAUCUUUGACCAGCCUGGAGAGGUAAUUAAUUAUGGUGGUCAAGUCAAAGGUCGAGGUCUUUACUAAAGCAGCAGCAUACAAAA